AUUUCAGAUGCGUGAGCAAUGUCUGGCCACGCCUCCACCGUUGAUGAUCCAGAAAAACACUUUUUGGGGAACUUGUUAGAAGAAGAUACAUCACACAAUCCACCUCCUUUGAGUGCAGGCUCAUCUUCAUCCUUGGGAGCAAUACCACCCGUAUCAGUCAUCAGCAGUGUUGGUCCUAUCAGCACCAGUAGUCUACUUCGUUCAUAUUGGCCAGAGCCACCUCCUCCAUAUUCUCCCCCAACUCAGAAUCCGUUCAAUACGUCAUGGUAUAGCGAGCCGCAAACAUACGCGAAGCCUGUCUCAUCCGAUUUUUUCUUUAACAGUGGACAGCCAACGAUCAUUGCACAGCCACAAAUUCACCAUCACCACCACAAUCUUCAUCAUCAUACACAUACACAUAAUGUGGUUGAGAAUCACCAUCACUAUCCUAUCACUACCAUCACAUUGCCCUCUCAAGCGUACAAUGUUAACACAGCGUCGGAAAGGCUGUCGGGCUUUAGCACCGUUGUGCAUAAUGACGAGGACCACAACGUGCUAGGAACUCCCGCAAAAAAAUUUUUCGCUCCAAAAGUAGAAACGAAAGAACGCGCCGCUCAGGCUACCGAAGCAGUGUCCAGUAAACUACCCUUGAGCUAUCGUGAUGUGGCUGCUCGAACCGAUCAGAUUGUUGGUGGUGAAGGCAUUCCUCACGUUCAGGCAAAGAAGUUGCAUUCACACUUGGACACCGAAAAUCGUUCAGUUCUGCCGAGACCGCGGGAAGUAUCGAACACUGAAACCUCAAAAGCUGGCAAAUCUAGAGGGGACCGCAGAACUAAAUGCGAGCAGCCUGUCGAGUUUCAAAAAAUCACGAGGAAGAAAGUGGUUUCCAGGAAGGACAAGAACGAGUUAUGUGAGUCCACGUCUCUGCCGAUUGUUGGUCAUGCUGCAGCCGUGGAUGCUCCAACAAAAUAUGAGGUACUGCAAAAGCUUACUUCGAAAACGGCGAGUGGUAUGUGUAGAGCUGAGAGUGGUUUGGUUGCAAAACGUGAACGAGAACCAAUGCGUGCUGCUAUGGUUAGUGAGAGGUCAAGAUCCAGUUCUGUUUAUCCCGUUCGUCCAAAACGUGCGGUCGAUGGGAUGGAAAGGAAGAAACAGCCAAACUCUGCUAGCAGUGGAAACCAACCACAACAGAAGAAGCGCACCAUACGCAAGCGUAAUGAGAGUUGGUGGAUGGAUAGAAUAGUUGUUGGCAUUUCUCUGCUCUCCUUUUGGAUUGAGCUUGGUUUCAAAUGGAUUCUCAACCUAGUGGUAGACGUUUGUCUCCAAGUUUAUGAUGUUACAUCUUUCAGUAUUGCAUACUUCUUGGAGUGGACACAGUCGUCAACCAGACGAUUGUUGCUCGUUAUGAAUACUGCAAUGUUUUCUUGCGCUUCUUCUCUAAGACAGAUAGACAUUCGGCGACUUGUACGCUUUCGUGAGCCUGAGCCUAUCAUGUGGGGCUUAGAAGAAAACAUAACAUUGCCCACAACAGGCGAAGAAGCACUGGAACGCUUUCUGGGGUCUCCGAUGUGCCAGGAUGCUUACGGCGUGCUGGGACUUCGAGCUUCAUGCACGGAGGAGGAUGUACGCCGCCACUAUAAGAAACUUAGCACGUUACUUAAUCCCGACAAGAAUCCUCUGGAAGGAGCUGAAGAAGCAUAUGAAAUGGUUUCGAAAGCGUAUCAAGUACUCUCAACGCCAGAGUCACGAAAAGCUUAUAACUUUAACCGCAUCCGUCCAUGCAGAAACGAUGUUCAUCACGAACUUGGAGAGUUAUGGGAUCGCAUUCGAGAAAGAGUUGAAGAGGCUCGCAACUCAAUGUACUGUGACUGCGGCCGUAGGCAUGCAAGGAUAGCUUUGGAUAUCCGUCAGAAUGAAGCUCGCUAUUGUCGCCGUUGUAGAAUACGUCAUCCUGCCAGAGCAAAUGACAUCUGGGUUGAAACGCGAUUGUGCGGGCUUCUGUGGGUCUAUUUCACCUGCUGUGAUGGUAUUGUUUACGAUAUCACCGAUUGGGCCACAUGCGAGGUUAACUACUUGAAGCAUGUGCGACCGAACUCGCAUACCGUGCAGUAUCGGUUAGUGUCACCAACCGCGCCCUCAUCAGAAUGCGCGAACCAAGUGAUGCCGGUGAUGAGUUCCGCCCAGGACGUCCAGGGCAUGCGCAAAUCUCAUAUCUGCCAUUGGAGCCUCGAGAUGAAGACCGCUCUAGACGCGCUGCAAAUCGACGCCAGAAGAAAUGGCGUUGAGGGAGUGGUGCUGUAUUUGCCACUUGAUAUACCGACAAUGAAGACAGAAUCCUACAUCGAUGUCAUCAUUGUAAAAUUUAGCUUUAGUGAUAAUUGA